CUCUUACGAGAGUUUCCGUUCUCGUUUUUUCUUCCUUUCUCCAAACACACUCUCUCUCUCUCUCUAAAACGCAGACUCUAACUUUCUUUUUCAUCACCAUCGCCGGAAAGAAUGGUCUAGACGGGAAGAUGAUAAAGUGAUUGUUUCUUUUGAUUUGAUUUGGAUUGAGAUUUUUGGACCAUUAUGUAUUUUGUGAAAGGUGGUUAUCAUAUUUGAGAUCAUGUGAAAUGAAGGGCUGUUUAUCAUUAUUCUCUGUUUCACACGUAUUUUAAACUGUGAAGACAGAUUAAGUUGGUUUUAUAUUUUGUGGAUUGAACUCUUUGGUUGUGGCUGCUGAAAAUUAUACUAGUUUUAUUUUUCUUAACCGUGGAGUUAAUGUCGCAAAGAUGAUUUCUAUACACAAUAAAUUUAUGGGGGAAAUAGAAUUUUAUUCAUGUAGGUGGUGUGUGCAUAUGGAUAAGAACAAACGAUGUUAUCAUUUUUAAAUUCAUCUUCUCUUUCUUAUGUGAUGGUUUUAAGAGUUAAGAUGUGAUGUUAGAGUGAAUGGAUAUCUCAUGAACAAAAUUGAACCACAGUGGUUGUCUGGUAAUAGUGACUGUCAGUGGUAAAGAUGAAAACUAGCUAACUGGUAAACUUGCAAAGUGAGGAUGUUUCUUCAUCUACAUGAAGUUAUAUCAUUACAGUGUUCAUGAAUGCCCUGAGGAUUGUAUUUUGUAGUAAUUGUUUUGGGCAUUAUCAUGUUUGGAUCACUAGAGUACUUACUUGUGUGCUUCUUUGCCUCUUGCUUUUCUCUUGGGACCCUAGAAAGAAGUAAUUUAUUUAUUUAUUAUUUAGUUAUGAUUUGAUAGGAGAGAAGGACAUAAAAGAAAGAUACUCCUUGACUGGCCAUGGCAUCAAGAUCAUAUGCUAAUCUCUUUGACUUAGCUUCUGGAGGAGAUUUGCUGGAUAUUCCUCGCACCCCAAGAGCUCUUCCAAGGAUUAUGACUGUUCCUGGAAUUAUCUCUGACCUUGAUAGUUGUGGUGCUAAUGAUGGGGAUUCAGAUGUUAGCUCCUCUGGUUGCCGGGAGCGGAAGAUCAUUGUCGCAAACAUGCUGCCAUUGCAUGCUAAAAGAGAUGCAGAAAAUUCUAAGUGGUGCUUCAGUCGGGAUGAGGAUUCAAUUUUACUACAAUUGAAAGAUGGUUUUUCUUCUGAUACGGAGGUAAUUUAUGUGGGUUCACUUAAGGUUGAUAUAGAUGCCAGUGAGCAGGAAGAAGUUGCCCAGAGAUUACUGGAUGACUUCAAUUGUGUACCUACCUUCCUAUCGCAUGAUCUCCAGAAAAAGUUCUAUCUUGGGUUUUGCAAGCAGCAGCUCUGGCCUCUCUUUCAUUAUAUGCUACCAGUGUGCCCAGAUCAUGGUGAUCGCUUUGACCGCAUACUAUGGCAGGCUUAUGUUUGUGCAAACAAAAUAUUUGCCGACAAGGUUAUGGAAAUAAUCAAUCCUGAUGAUGAUUUUGUCUGGGUUCAUGAUUAUCACCUGAUGGUUUUGCCUACUUUCUUGAGGAAGCGAUAUAAUCGAGUUAAACUUGGAUUCUUCUUGCACAGUCCUUUUCCUUCAUCUGAAAUUUAUCGAACUUUACCUGUAAGGGAUGAAAUUUUGAGGGGACUUCUGAAUGCUGAUUUAAUUGGUUUUCAUACAUUUGAUUAUGCACGCCACUUCCUUUCUUGCUGCAGCAGAAUGCUAGGUCUGGACUAUGAAUCUAAGCGAGGACAUAUAGGACUUGAUUACUUUGGCCGUACUAUAUUUAUCAAAAUUUUGCCGGUUGGCAUUCACAUGGGUAGGCUUGAAUCUGUAUUAAAUCUUCCUUCUACAUCUGCUAAACUAAAAGAGAUUCAGGAAGAGUUUGAGGGUAAGAAGGUGAUUGUUGGUGUUGAUGAUAUGGAUAUUUUUAAAGGCAUCAGUUUGAAACUUCUAGCUGUGGAGCAUCUGCUGCAGGAGAAUCCAGAUAUGCAGGGCAAAGUUGUCCUUGUUCAAAUUGUAAAUCCUGCGAGGGGUUUAGGGAAGGAUGUUCAGGAAGCAAAGAAGGAAACAUAUUUAAUUGCCCAGAGGAUUAAUGAUACCUAUGGAUCAGAGGAAUAUCAGCCUGUCAAACUCAUUGACCGCCAUGUUCCUCGAUUUGAGAAGAGUGCUUAUUAUGCUGUAGCUGAAUGUUGCAUUGUAAAUGCAGUAAGGGAUGGCAUGAACCUUGUCCCAUACAAAUAUCUUGUCUGCAGGCAACGAACUGCUAAACUAGAUGAAGCAUUGGGUAGGAAAGUUGAUUCUCCUCGAACAAGCAUGCUUGUUGUGUCUGAGUUCAUUGGUUGUUCACCUUCUCUUAGUGGGGCUAUCAGGGUCAAUCCCUGGGACAUUGAUGCUGUUGCUGAUGCUCUGAGCUUGGCCCUUACAAUGAAUGAUUCUGAGAAGCAAUUGCGCCAUGAGAAACACUAUCGGUAUGUCAGUUCUCAUGAUGUAGCAUAUUGGGCACGCAGCUUUAUGCAGGAUUUGGAGAGAGCCUGCAAAGAUCAUUACACCAAAAGGUGCUGGGGAAUUGGCUUGGGUCUAGGGUUUAGAGUUGUUUCUCUUUCUCCUGGAUUUAGGAAGUUGUCUAUUGAUCAUGUUGUUUCAGCUUACAAGCGAACCAAUAGAAGGGCCAUCUUUCUUGAUUAUGAUGGUACUGUUGUACCACACUCUUCUAUAAAUAAAGUCCCCAGCCCGGAAGUCAUAUCUGUGCUAAACGCUCUGUCUAGUGAUCCCAAGAACAUUGUUUUCAUUGUUAGUGGGAGGGGAAGAGAUUCUCUGAGUGAUUGGUUCAGUUCAUGCCAAUUGCUGGGACUUGCUGCUGAGCAUGGUUACUUUUUAAGGUGGAGUAGAGAUUCUGAAUGGGAAUGCAGUCACUUGUCUGCAGACCUUGACUGGAAAAACAUAGCAGAACCUGUCAUGCAGUUGUAUACAGAGGCAACUGAUGGUUCCAGCAUUGAAAUUAAGGAAAGUGCUUUGGUGUGGCAUCAUCAAGAUGCAGACCCGGAUUUUGGUUCCUGCCAAGCCAAGGAAUUGUUGGAUCACUUGGAAAGUGUACUUGCAAAUGAACCAGCAGUUGUUACGAGAGGCCAGCAUAUUGUUGAAGUUAAGCCACAGGGAAUAAGCAAAGGUUUGGUAGCCGAAAAGGUUAUAUCAACCAUGUUUAAUGGUGGUAAUCCACCGGAUUUUGUUAUGUGCAUUGGCGAUGAUAGGUCUGAUGAAGACAUGUUUGAGAGCAUUUUAAGGUCAGUAUCCUGCCCGUCAUUACCAGCGACUCCAGAGAUUUUUGCCUGCACUGUAGGUAGGAAGCCGAGCAAGGCGAAGUAUUUUCUUGACGACACUUUGGAUGUAGUGAAGUUACUUCAGGGUCUUGCUUCUUCAUCCAAUCCAAAACCCAGGCAUCUUGCGCAAUUCCAAGUUUCUUUCGAGAGCACAAUUUGAGAGUUUGAAGGUAGGGCAAGGCAACCUUUGUUGAUUUGUUGUGCUGCUCAGUGCUCUACCUGGGAGGAUUCUUCAGCUUUGAAUCAGAGAAAAAGUUUUGGUUAUUUAAUCUUAACAUGACCGAACCGCACCAUGCUGUUGUCGGGCUUCUAAUAUUCCUUGCUUGCAUGGUUCCUGGUGGUAUAGGUUUUUUCUGAAUAGUGAGUCUCAUGGAUGGCCUGACAAAUUCUUCUUUUCUGUAAAUGGUAAUUGGUAACAACAUCAAUUGUUACAUUUGUUGGUGCAACGACGCCGAGAUCUUAAGUUGUGCUUUUUGUUAGAAUGGUGUAUCGGUGUUGUGCACCAAAACUUGUAUAGUUUACAAUAUUUUUCUUACAAAUAUAUAAUGGCAAUCGGGUUUGAUAUA